AUGGAUGACUACUACAAAUCUAAUGCGCUGCCUCCCCAGGAGGUGCAGCGUCAAAUGUCACAGCAAAACGAGAGGUUGCAGCAGCAACAGCAACAGCAACAGCAGCCAUGCGGUAACGUCAUCGACAUGAUUAACCCUUCGUCGGUAUCAGGCACGCAUAUGCCUCUGCAACAUCCAACGUCGGCGAUGCCACAGCUUAUGUCGAACCGGCCGAUGGUAUCCGGGGACUCGCUCGAUGAUAUAAUAAGGAACAAUCACACUGAGAUGCACCGCCGAAAGAGCAUGUCCCAUGCGUACGGGAGUCCCCUCAUGCAGGACGAUAAUCCUCGGCGAUUGUCUUCCAUUGGUGCAUCUGAGGAUGUCAUGGAUUUUGGUGCAAGUCACGGUGACUUGGGAAAUUUUCAGUUUUCUCAACAAGUUGACUCAUCAUUUUCUGGUAUCAACACAAGUUUAGAUAUGACAGACCAAAUGGGAGGUUUUGUUACCGACGCAGCUGACUACACUGGGAUUUCCCCCGACCUGAUGAAUUCUAUGAAUCCACCCCCUUUUGGCAACGUUGAGAUGAGUCAGAUGCCGAACGAAUCUUCACUAUCGCUCUUCCCACCAUCUACGGUUCCUGGAACAGGGUCUGGGACGAGGUCCAUGAGCAGUGCGUUCAAUUCUGGACAAAUGCCAAACUUAAGCACGGCAUUUGCGACAGAGCCGGCGCCGAGUAGCUCGUCUCUUACGGCAACUUCGAGUAACCUAACCGGUUCUGUGGACGAACACCCCGAUGGCGUGAUGCAUAUCUCGACCUCGCACCUAAAUGUUGUUGACCCAGCGGUGAAUCGAGUGCCUGAAGGAAUCCCCACAAACCCCGUAUCAAACGGUAUGGAGCAAUCCUUGCCGCAUUCUCUGUCGAGACACAAGUCUUCUGAAUCGGCCAUCUCUACCCAGCAUGGUGCGGCAUCGGCAAGCGUCACUCAGCCGACAUCUACAUCUGGGCCCACUACCCCAGCUACGACAUCAACGCCUCGAGAAAACAAGGAGAAGACAAUAUACUCCAAGAGCGGGUUUGAUAUGCUGAAAGCGCUAUGGCUGGUGGCCACAAGGAAGGACCCGAAGAUCCACCUAGGAGCCGUUGAUAUGUCGUGCGCAUUUGUCGUCUGCGACGUCACGAUGAACGACUGCCCAAUCGUCUAUGUGUCAGAUAAUUUUCAGAAUCUUACAGGAUAUAGUCGCCACGAGAUUGUAGGUCAGAAUUGUCGCUUCCUUCAAGCACCAGACGGCAAAGUUGAGGCUGGAUCCAAACGCGAAUUUGUGGAUGAUGGCGCCGUUUUUAAUUUGAAAAAGAUGAUUCAAGAGGGCCGUGAGGUUCAACAGAGCUUAAUUAAUUACCGAAAAGGUGGAAAACCAUUUCUAAACCUCCUGACCAUGAUACCAAUCCCUUGGGACACGGAAGAUAUCAGAUACUUCAUUGGAUUUCAGAUCGACCUCGUUGAAUGCCCAGAUGCCAUUUCGGGGCAAGAGCUAGGUGGCGUCAGAGUCAAUUAUAAGCACAAUGACAUUGGUCAAUACAUCUGGACGCCGCCAGCUUCAAGUCAGUGGGAACCAGAGAAUGGGCAAACUUUGGGGGUUGAUGAUGUAUCAACGCUCCUUCAGCAAUUCAGUCCAAAGGGGUUGGUGUCUGAUUGGCACAAGCAGUCCUGGGACAAGAUGCUCCUAGAGAACACCGAUGAUGUUGUUCACGUCCUGUCCUUGAAAGGAUUAUUCUUGUAUCUUUCCCCUUCGUCGAAGCGAGUUCUCGAGUAUGAUGCUAUUGACCUCGUUGGCAAUUCUCUAUCCUCGAUUUGCCAUCCUUCUGAUAUUGUACCCGUUACAAGAGAACUGAAAGACGCGACAGCUGGCACCCAAGUUAAUAUUGUUUUCAGGAUAAGACGAAAGCAAAGCGGGUAUACGUGGUUCGAAAGUCAUGGGUCAUUAUUCGUUGAGCAAGGCAAAGGCAGGAAGUGCCUCAUCUUGGUUGGCCGCAAACGACCUGUCUUUGCACUGAGUCGCAAAAACUUGGAGGCAAACGGUGGCAUCGGCGAUAGUGAGAUUUGGACGAAAUUGUCGACUUCUGGCAUGUUCUUGUUUGUUUCAUCAAACGUCAGGUCGUUAUUGGAUCUCCAGCCAGAAUCGCUUGUCGGUACAAGCAUUCAAGACCUCAUGCGAAAGGAAUCUCGCCCUGAAUUCGGGCGAUCAAUGGAACUGGCUCGGCGAGGGAAAACCGUGACCUGCAAGCACGAAGUCCAGAAUCGUCGAGGCCAGGGUCUUCAAGCACAGACGACACUCUAUCCAGGUGAUGCGCCAGAAGGGCUUAAGCCAUCUUUUCUGCUCGCACAGACAAAACUGCUAAAAGCGUCGUCCAGGAGCAUAGUCCCAGCAAACGCAACGGGCAAUAGCAAAACAGCCUCAACAUCAUCUCAUUCAAACGUCGUUGCUGAGUUAAAUUCGGGUACUGGGCAGGUCUCACAACCAGCGGGAGGGGCUCUGCCGCCAGGAACACAGGAUGCAGCCCUGGCAGCCGAAGACAACAUCUUUGGCGAGCUGCGAACGACAAAAUGCUCCAGUUGGCAGUUUGAGCUGAGACAGAUGGAGAAGGUGAAUAGGAUUCUUGCCGAAGAGCUUGGUGGCCUUCUCUCCAACAAAAAGAAGAGAAAACGGCGAAAGGGAGUCGGGAAUUUGGUCAGAGACUGUGCAAAUUGCCAUACUCGUAAUACACCGGAAUGGCGACGUGGCCCAAGUGGCCAAAGAGAUCUUUGCAACAGCUGUGGACUUCGUUGGGCCAAACAGACUGGACGUGUUUCACCACGGAACUCCUCUCGAGGGGGCAAUAAUGGCAACGGUGAUACGCAGAGCAAGAAGUCUGCAUCACCGAUUCAUUCAUCGCCUUUACAUAAGGAGCUUUCUUCUGAGAACCCAAGUUCACAAACUGUGGGGUUCAGGGGCGACUCAGACGGAAGCGACAGACUGAGUUCCAUGCAGCUGCUCGGCCACACUACCAACGAAGCACCCGAAAUCAGCUCGGCUCAAAGACAGACAAUGGCGAUGCCGCCUCCAAGUCAGCCCUCGCUUUCGAGCGGCGUAGCAGGCUCGGGCAUGACCUCUAUUCGUGAGGAGCGAGAAGCGAGUCAGUCAUAA